CUAAAACCAAAGUUUGCUGCUUUUAUCAUCACUCACUCACUUGAAACCAAAAAGAAAAGACUUUUGCUUCUUUUUUUUUCUUUUUCGAAAAAGACACAAACUUGAGUGCCGCUCUUUCAUCGUGAGGAAGAUGGAAGGAGGAGGAGGUGCCCGCUACAACCCUCGAACUGUUGAAGAAGUCUUCCGAGAUUUCAAGGGCCGUCGUGCUGGCAUCCUCCGUGCUCUCACCACCGAUGUGAAAGAGUUUUUCCAGCAAUGCAAUCCUGAGAAGGACAACCUUUGCUUGUAUGGAUUCCCGAAUGAAGUGUGGGAAGUUAACUUACCAGCUGAAGAAGUGCCUCCUGAGCUCCCUGAGCCUGCGCUCGGCAUCAACUUUGCUAGAGAUGGAAUGCAGGAAAAAGAGUGGAUUUCUCUUGUUGCUGUCCACAGUGAUGCCUGGUUGCUUUCUGUCUCCUUUUACUUCGGUUCAAGAUUUGGUUUCGAUAAAGCUGACAGGAAGCGCUUGUUUAACAUGAUAAACGAGGUUCCUACUGUAUUUGAAGUUGUAACUGGAAGUGCGAAGAAACAAACAGAGGAACAGCCUUCUUCAGUAAACAGAAAUGGCAACAGAUCCAAGUCUAAUUCAAAAGUGAGAGAUUUAGAAGUCAAAAGCUCAAGGACAAUAGAGGUCAACGACGAGGAGGAAGGAGUAGAGGAAGAGGAAGAGGAUGAAGAGGAACACGGUGAGACCCUAUGUGGAGCUUGUGGAGAUAACUAUGCAUCUGAUUUCUGGAUUUGCUGCGACAUGUGCGAGAAAUGGUUUCAUGGGAAGUGUGUGAAGAUCACUCCAGCUAGAGCGGAGCAUAUCAAGCAAUACAAGUGCCCUUCUUGCAGCAACAAAAGAGCUCGUCCCUAAAUGUUUUAUUCCAUUAGCCUUAGCCAUCUAUCUAUCCAUUCCCCCUAAAUUGUAUAAUGCACUUUGUAUCUGUUUGUUGUUCAGACAGUUAGCUUGAAGCAUGACCAGAUUUGAAUCUCAA